AUGGAUAAAGUUGGAGAUGUUUUCGUUUUCACUUCUCAAUGGCAGCAGAUGGACAGAAGUUUCUUGGUUGAAGAGAGAGCACAAACUUCCUCUCCUCAUUAUUCGUUUAUCAUUUACGAGUUUAUCAUCAGGCACGAGCAUAUAGUGUGGAGCACUGUGGCUAAAAAUAAGAACCUUAUGUUAGGACUUUUCAGCGCUGCAGCAUACAAGGCAAAAAAACUGUGUACACGUCCACAGCGAAAAGAUGCUUCACUCUGCAAAGACAUUGCAUAA